AUGGUUUACUUGAUCCCCUUCAUGCGCAACAUGGCUCUGAAUACUCUCGACUGGAAUCGACGGGACAUCGAGACGGUACCCAGCGAUAGGGAAUACAGCCCGCUGAUCCCAUUUGAUAUCUCGCGUCCUCUCGACCUGCCUCGGGGCUUCGGCCGGUUAGUAAGUCAGAAGCGAUAAUCUUGGUUCAUAUUUAUGUUAGAAGCCAUGCCUUCAGUCUCUUUGUGAUUUCGGCGUUUGCUUAAAUCAAAUUGACGACCGUACCCGAUAUUACAGAUGACCUUGCGCUACAUUCCAGAGGAGUAUACAUUCCUCAAGCCCUAACACUGUCCACCCUGGGCCCGUCCAUUCAAACCCCAACGGCAACCCUAGCCCCCAAUCUGGAGUUUAGCGUAGAGCCACAUGCAAUAGGGAAGGAGGGUACUUAUUCCCCGUGUCCUGCCAAAGGAAUUUGAAAAAAAAUGAAAAGCAGACGCCCUAAUGUAUGCAACAUUUCGGUCUGAAAAGAUGCACAAUGCACAUUUACUCUGGUGCUUUCAGACUUCUCAGCCAGCUAUUUAUGUCUGUACUCUAAGUCUUUAUGGGGCCUCAUAACUCAGGUCGCUAGAGCGUUGGCUGCACUAAAGUCUUCCCUUGAUACCGUGGGUUCGAAUCCCACCGCUGCGCCGCGUUUUUCACAGUUGAGUCAAAAUGAAUGGUUAUGAACUGCCUAAAACUGCACAGGUUGCACGAUGCAUUAUAAUUGGUAGCGCAGGUACUAGCCAAAAGCCCAGACACAUGCUUCGCUGACAUCCUGCCGCUGCAUGACUCAGGUGCGAUGGGCUUCGAUGCAAAAAUUCAGCCUGAGCCCCUUAGUCUCAGACAGACUGACUCACUCCAAGUUAGCGACUAAUUUCUGAGGAAAUUAAAACCUGCGAAACCUAAAACUACCAUAAAAUGACCUUCUAGGAAUAUGCAUGGUAAGUUAGCAUAGAACCGUCAAUUGAAAAAUAAUGUAAGUGGCCUCUCAACGUAACAUAACUCCGUCACAGGACUCCGUGUUCUUCCAUGCAAUCAAAUGCAAAAGUCAAAAAAACCUGAAAUAUUCAAAGGAAUUGACUCUACACUGCACUUCCUGCAUAUUUAUGGUUUCCAGUCAAUGACUCAUGAUUUUUAGCAUACUCUAUGCCCUACAAUUUUCUCCAGACCCCAUGGCUUCGAGGCAAGUUGAUUGCGCAUGUCGCACUGAAGCUUACGACCCUGGAGUACGUAAUGUUUUUUUAUUCCAGAGCUUUGACAUUUAUACUCCAAGGAGACGUGAAAAAAACGCUCAUCAUCUGACAAAAUCAGGUCAGGUUGUGGACUUUUUAAGAAUCUGCUGGGAAGUUGGAAGCAAAGCCGAAAAAGAAGACGCUUGCUGGAAUAUCAAAAAUCUACCUGGCUAUCUUGCGCUGUUGACAAGAAUCCGUGGAGCCCCCGUGAUCGUAGUGGUUAGGGCAAAUGUGCGCGAAAAAUUACUUGACGGAAUGUGGAACGCUGGCUAAAAGCUCAAAGAAAGGGUAUAAUCCGGUUUUCUAGAUGUUUUCUAAUUCCCGAAUAAUUUUCAACUGGACCUGCCGUUAUACAUGCAUUCAGGGUUUCCAAACUACAGACCGUAUAUUUCCCGUGUACGGAAAACCAUACGUUUCUCUACGGCAUUAAGAGGAGACUAUAUGGGGUUAGCAAAAUUUAGCGAUGGAUUUGCGUCGUAUUGUUAACUUUGCAAGCCUCAUUGGUAUAUGCAGACACAUGACGAUUUAUAAACGGCCAUUUCAAGGUAUUAACAAAUCACACAAUCGUACACUUUUAAAACCAAAUUAUACCCUUUCUUUAAGUAUAAAAUUAGAAUAAGACGUAAUUUCCUACCGGAUGAACGAAAAGAAUGAGUAUUUUUAUGCAUGUUUUCUAUGAAAUAUAACUGAAGUUUUAAGGACGUCGAAAAUUAAUGGGAAAAUGCAUGCUACUUAAGUAGUCAUUUUUUUACAAAACAUCGUUCCUGCAUGCAGCCGAAAUAACGUUCGUUCAAAAGCCGACAGCCUGUGGUAACUGAAUUAUCAUAGAAUUAUGCUGAAUGAUGAUUAGUUUUACAGGCCUACUUAAUUAAUCUUUUCGAAACGAAAACGCAUUUCUGAAUUUCGGUUAACAUUUCAUGAGUUAGCCCACCUACUGUAUGUGAGCAUUUGGAUUGAGAUCUGCAAACUUUAGCGGAAUAACCAUUCCUAUGCUUUACCCCGAGAAACUUCUGGCAUGUUAAUUUACGCCUGCUAUAGGAAGAGUGAGCAUAGAUGCCACCUAAGUUGUCUCUGCUCUAAAGCGUCGCCAAGUAUAUUAUAUUGACCCAGCAACUCCACCUUAGAUCAUUUAACCCUUUCCCGAAAGUUAACUUCGCCCUCGUGUUAACACAUGCGCGCUUUCAAUCGCCGAGGAUAGUCAACGCCAAGUGUUUUUGGUGCGUUAGGUAGGCGAAAUAACACGUUGCAUCAAGACCGGUUUUAUGACACAAGGUCGUGUGUUGUCAAGGUUGGCAAUCAAUUAGCCCUGCCCAGAAAACAGUUGAAAUACUGCACCUGCCUUCGGCGUUCGGAUCAGAAACCAAGACAAUUUUCGUAAUUUUGAACAGAAACUAACAUCGCACCAUCCAGGAGACUAACUUAAAGCUGGGAUUCACAAGCUGGAGUUUAUGCCAGAAAGCACAGGGGGAAGCUGUAAGACUCUGCUGAUGGUCCGAACCCCUCGGAGAUGCGCCAAGCAGCGACAGAAAAUCGGAAAAACACGUGCCUUGGCUUUCAGUCAGUACCUGGCCUGUCAGUAUGGUGAAGCACACAACAUCUGUACACUAGAGACUAUCUGUUGGCAGCUUGUGUACAUUACAUGGUUAUCCUUCUGAAGCUGUUGGAGUUCGGCUGAAGUAUUCAUAUCAACUUUCGGAAUGCACCUGAGGUUUGUCCCUAGGAAUUUUCUCCAAGUUAAUGCGUUACUUUUUUGGCAGACUGAAAAACCGAAGUUGGUACUUUUAUGUGUACUGAUCUUGCGUAUAAAGUACAAUUCGAUGAAUACAACUCUGUCAGGCCUCGUUCUCAAGGACAUUCUACGUUAGUUGUCGGUCCGGACACUCUCUUCACACAACGUUCUUGUAAAAAAAGCAUUUUAACUCCACUAUGGUUUAAACUAAAAUCAUGAAAACGGCGUUUUUAAGUGAAGGAUGAGAAAAAUUCACUACACAGCAGCGUGAAUACGGAGAAACGAUGAGGUUUGCACUUUAAGGGUUGCGGCAGCGUAAUCUGACAUGUUCGUUUCAUACAUGAUCAUCCAUACAAAUCGCUUACAGCGUUAAACAAUGUGGUUAGAUUCCACAGUUCACACCACGUGCCUCGUCCGGUAACUAGAUCACACUGGUUAAAGUAGCUAACGCCACGGAUAUUCGGUAACAGAAUACGCGGAAGGUGGCUCCGCACCUUCUUCAUUAAGGCCUCUUGGCUUCAGUCAGUAUUUAACCGACUAGAUCAUGCUAAAGUUUCGGGUCUAGUGUCGUAUAAUGACUGGUAAAUAUUGCGGCUUGCAGGCUCAAUACGUCGGUUCUAGUCUACCUAAAAUAGUUACUUUCGCAUGUUUCUCGCUUUUUGGUAGGAUUAACUAAGUGAGCUAAUUGGGCCAAUAACAGAACAGACGCAGUUUGAAUGGGCAUUCAGCGCACUUUUAAACUAUCUCGAUGUGCUAAAAGUCGUGGCUAGGAAGGCUGCCAGCUGAUGGGAUAAUUUGGUUCACCUCUCGGGACAGAGAAUCAGACUGCAGUGGCUCCUUCUUAAUGUGGCCUUUAUAAAACUCAUACUCAGUUGAGGUCUGAGCCGUCGUCGUCCCGCCUCGGUGAAAACCUAGCUCACUGUGCGCGGCCCGGGUGCGUGUGGUCCGUGUAGACGGGUUGUUUAGCCCUGACAUUUACCGUAUCUGAUCCUGCUCCUUUUGUUUUAUCAACUCUCUCUUGACACAGGGUCUAGGUAGGUGAGGAGGGAGAGAGCACGGUAGAGGCUUCGCAGGUCUACUGCUGCUAUAAACUAAUUCACGUGGAAGUCACCUUCUUUGCGUCCAUCAUGAUGUUGGACACAUAGCAGACGUCAAAGUCUCGAGUAGGGAGAGUGGUUAUUAAACAAGCGUUUGACAUUCACUGUUGUGGUUAGGAUCUCACUCGACCCCAUUCUGUUCGCCCACCAGCCUGCCACUGACGACAACGAACGUUGAGUCACGGGACACGUACCACCUGUAAUGCAUAAGCAGCUUACUAGGAGCGCAACAGGCCAGAAAAGGAAAGCUGUAUCACGGUCGUCCGUAGGCCAUAUGGAGUGAGGUAUAUAAACAUGUCAAGUACGCGUUUGACCCUCAUUGUUGUGGCUAGGGUCUCAAUCAAUCCCUAUGACGUACUGAUGAUCGGUAACGACCGUGAAACGACUGUCUGUAUCUGGCCUGUUGCGCUCCUAGAGCAUGGUUAUUUUCAGAAUAUUCGCCCAGGUGGCGACCACAUGCAAGCUCGCCUUAGGAGAAGAGGCGCAUUUAUACUGGCCCUUGAACAAUGAUCUACUGCACAUUGCCAAAACUACUGGAAGGUUUCUUAAAAGUUUGUUGGUAAAAGAAGGCCGAUCGGGUCUUAUUUCGCAGCCGCACCUGCAGUAGACAAGCCCCAGCCUAACCCCUAACCCCAACCUUAACCCCAACCCCGAACAGGUACGGCUAAAAAAUAAGAUCUUGCCAGAAGGCCAUACAAUUUAGCGUUCUUAUGUGCUCCCCAUACGACACUAGAAAGACCGGUUUAGAUUACCAAGUGCUUUGGCCGUUGAGUUAAAAAUUUACAGUGCAACAGCAGGUCAGGUUUCCUAUCCAUCUGCACACACACACACACUGAUCACGCUCCUUGACCCAGUUUCUGCGGCCAGGAUCGACGAACAAACCUUCGUCAGACAGCCAUGAUGCGCUGAACUACAGAGUAAAGUGCCAUUUCCUACGUAGACCGUCAAAUGAAUGUGCUAUUUUUAACGACAGGUUAGCUGAACCUCCAGACAGCACUUAUGCCUGAUUUAUGCGACGAAUAUUCCGAUGUAAAGAACAUGAGGGAAUUGUGUGAAGGGCAGCAUCGCAGCGCUUCAUGGCUGAGACGUUUGAUACCUCACAGUGCGUUACCAGAUCCUAAUGGCCGUUAUAUUAGCGCUUGGGUCUGGUCUAGGCCAGUAAGAAGCCUCCCCCUGAACCGAAGACGGAUUUCUGGCUCUUGUGUUUAGGCUCCCUGCUCCAAGUAAUGAAGCGUUCCCCAAAAUCUGUCAAAAUGCGCAAUUUUUACAGCGAACUGUCGCUGCGUUCAUCCACCUGACCCUUGACUCCUCCGAUCCUGUACGUCCUAUGGCCCUCUUGGCAAUCUUCUACCCAUUAACUGUAUUGUGUUAGAACGGAUAACGUUCACCAGCUGGCAGACGACUCUUUCAGAUCCACUAACAGACAUAAAAGUUGGUUAAACGUAGGCUACAGCUUUCAUACUUACCAUCUUUUUCCUCCGGCGGGUUGGUAGUCUUUGUGUGACCGGGAAGAAGUCUUUUAAGCAUAUCUAAGGGAGAGGAAGAUGAGUUGGCGACUGUGUGAUCUCGUUUAAUAGCUUGCACACACACUCGGACCGUCAGGCAUCUCGAAAAGGAGACUGCAAUUGGCUGGUGGGGCCUCCGGGCUCGCAUGACGGUGAGCUGCGCGCGCGCGUGCGUGCGUGGGUGCACCCCAUAAAAGAAGACGCGUGCACGUGACGCAUGAGAGAGAGGGCAUAAGCCAGUACGUUGACGAAGUGACAUUGCGCACGCCGAGGUGUGUGUACAUAGACCUGAAGUAGGUUCAUCAGACCACUUACAUGCGUGUCAUAGAACCGGGAGCAAGAGGAAGGGUAAAUAAAUGCGCAAAAAUUAAAACAGCCCCGUCGCUACAGUAGUCCGCUUUUGAUCGGUUAAUAGGGAGUUAUUCAACUGCGUCCCAGCAUAACAAAUAGUCCCAAGCCGUCCUGGCUAUUUGCUAUGGUUCAGGCGUUCGAGUUGUCUUGUUAGGCAGUUUAACAGCAUGCCAGGCAUAUUUUCUGGGUGUCGAAGGCGGACCGUCUACAGUUGCUGGAUGCGUGUUCUUGCCAUGCACAACUCGCGAGCUCAUUAUCUCUUAAAAGAAAUUUUUAAAAGCCUUUCGAAGGAUCCAAAACAGACUGCCUUCCCCAAAAGCCACCCAUCUCACCGAACCCCUUAGAAACGGCCCCAUCGUGAAUGGUUAUGUUUUAUGAGAAGGAGCGCUGGUGAGCGAAUAAUCAAAAGAACUGCCAAAACACGGGUCACAAGGUUAGAUACCGAGAUAAACUUAAAUUUAAUUAAAAUUUUAAAUCUACUACAUGUAACGGAGUUGUAAUUCUUUGAAAUGAUAGAGUAUUUGGAAAUGUUGACCUACAUGAGUCAAUUCGGGUGACAUCCAGACCACACUUACUACUCGGAAACAAGACUGUGAUGCUAACUUAGUUUCUCUCCCCCAAGGCAGUGUGCUGAUAUUGUUCGUCUUGUUAUUGAAUUUGGUGAAACAGCUUGGGAUGCUUAUUUAUCCGUGGUACAAAGGACAGUUUUUCGAAGAUUGCAGCCGAUAGCUACGAUUCUACGAGCAAAAAUUAGGGUGUGGAUUAGGCUUAGAGUCGGGUUAAGACUGCUGUUAGGCGGCCGUAUCGCCAACCCUGUCCCUAACCCCAACGGUAACUUUAGUUCAAGGGUUCCGACUUCUUUCUUUAAUCCCACCGUGAUUUGCCGCCCGUGGAUUACAAAAUACUAAUGCUACUUAAACAUUCCCAGUAGCAAAAAAUCCGUAGGUUAUAUGGGGGUAACAGCUGCUUUAUUGGUGCAUUUGAUUGUACGCGCGAAUGGCCUAUUUUCGAUGCUCAGAAGCCGCCGCCAAUGACAUCCGCGUACUGAGUUCUGGAGUAGUUUGGCGUUCUCAUAGGCUACAUUAAUAUGGCGCUGAGCAUCUUGCAUAGCUACUGAUGCAUUUAAACAAAUAGCCGACGCUUUCAUUGGCAGCAUUUUUAGCGGUUUCUUAAGUUCGCUUUCAAUGUUUCUAACCACAAAAUGCCGAUUUUCGCAAAAUCCACAUUAUCGCUGAUAAGACAGUCACUUUUAAAGAGAGGGAUGACUGGAAGUAAUUUCAACCGAAGAAACCUGAACUGUACUCGACUUUCAUCGAUGAUCCUACCUAGGGCGGAGGCCUUCAACACCCGUUUAAAGGAAAUCUGUGAAAGUUGGAAGAUGUUUCGCGUUCACUUGGCGAAAGACUACUAGUCCGUUAGAUAGUUCUAAGCAAAUGAAGCGUCUUUCAAAGGAAUGCAAAAAUGCUGUGUUAUAUUUGCACCUAUAUUAUUGCGCUUAGCAUAACAUAACAUAAUAGGAUAACAUAUGUUUUGACAAGAGACACUAAAAUGACCAUUAACGGUUUAUUUGGAGUCAGUAGUCAGUGGUACCCUAGACCGAGGUAGGGGCACAUCAGCCUUCAGUGGCUCACUGGACAGUCAGGUCAAAUAAUUUUACCACUUGGGCUACCUGGAUUGCUUUGUGUCGUCUGGGGGUCGGAAAUAUCCAAUCGAAUUUCAGUGGCGUUCGCUGAACAAUUUUUAUUUGCGAGACGCAAACGGGAUAAUUGGUUUGAUUUGGAGCUCCAGGUCCUGGGUUCGCGCAGACAGUCGCAUGGGGAAUAAGAGUUAUCAGUCAGUAAUUAUUACCGAUAAAGACUCUGGAAACGAAAACACGUUUAGCCCCAUCUGUCACAGUCGGUUGGGGAAGGCCCAAUUUGAGAUGGUGACGUACCCGAGGCUAGAAACUACUUUCAGUGAGUCAUUGAACAUUUAAGUCAGAUGUUCUUUCCACCUGAGUGGAAGGUGUAAAAUUUAUUCAAUAAAGAGUAUAACAGAAAAAAUAAACUCACAGUCCGGCUUAUUAAUUUUUUUUCAUUUAUAAGUAAAUCCGAAAACGUAAACUAUGAUGAAUCUCUCAUCGCAGACCCGAUAAAUUUAAAUAUUAUAUUACUUGUUUUUUAUACUUAUGCCGUUCGUAGACCCUGAACCCUGGAUACCGUCUUAAAAGCUUCCGGUUUUACUAUUUAUGCAAACUCUUCUCUGACAUGUGUCAUUCGAUAUUAUGCUUUGUAUGACGUCACGUAUACUUUCAAAGCGCCGAUAUCCAUGUCCGAAGGAGGUAUUUCACGUAGAUGCAUGCAAAGAUGCUGGGUAGCAAAUUACAAAGAACCUCAUUAAUUCCAGAGACGCCGUUGUGAGUGAAUGCAGAUCACCCGUUACAUUCUCAAAACAUGAACAACACUACCUAGAUGGCGAAUGACGCGGAAAUAGUCUCUGUACCUACCACGUAAUUGAUUUCAAUCAUAAAUAUGGACGACCAGACGCUAGCAGCCUAAUUUUUCCCCUUAAUUGGUGACGACCUUAACAAACUAAACGGAAGCUUAUCUAUCUCCACUGAAGAUUUUUGUUCAUUUGCAGGAAAUCGACUGCUUGGCUGACGUAAAGUAAAUCUUCUUUAUUUGCUCUUUUAGGUUUAUGACGGCCUCGUUCGAUAAAACCUGCGAGGGUUUUAGAAGGAAAGGAAGUUUUAGCUUCAACUGUUCUUUUUAACAAUGAUUAAAUUCCUAAUUUUCGCCGGCGUUGCCAAAUGGUGUUAGAAGAGUCUGUGGCUGCGGUUUUUUUACUUCAAAGUGAAAGCACCAUUUUCUGAUUCUUCAUCUUCUUCGACUCCAUAAGAAGACUUGACCAUCCUACAAACGGGAGCCGUGUGUCCUUAACGCCAUAAAAAUAUCUCAAUGUAAACUACUGUUUAGCCAAUCUCACAACUGUAGAUUGCAAACUAAAAGAUAAUUGUCAGGCAUUUAAUGCAUAUUUCCGAAUCAUCUGAUAACUUAUGAUUAUGAUUAAAGGGACUCCUUCAAAAGUGGACAGUGCCCCUGAAACCUCUGACGACGAUGAUGAUGAUGAUGAUGAUGAUGAUGAUGAUGAUGAUGAUGAUGAUGAUGAUGAUGAUGAGGAUGAUGAUGGAGGAGGAGGAGGAGGAGCAGGAGGAGGAGGAGGAGCAGGAGGAGAUAGCAGCGGCCACUAG